CACCACCCCUCCGAGGCGCGCACGUUACCGCCCUGCGCACCCCUCGCGCACGUUACCGCUCCCCUGCCCUUUGGAAGGCACCCAGCACCACCCCUCCACGUCCCCUCGCGGUAGGGUGGGGUGGGAGGGAGCUUUAUCUUUCAACGCGGGGCAACAGCGCAACCAAGCGUGGUUGGGCGCGCGGUCUUUACCUUUAGCACCCCUCCCGAGCCCGAGAAGAGAGGAGAUUUUCCUGGGUCCAUGUCUGUUUCCCGCAUGGGGUCGGAAGAUGGCGCCAAGAGGGGCUGCUUUCCCGACGAUGAUGACCAGCGGACGCGCCUCCUCGGCCCCGACAAGAUUCCCCCCUCGCCUUCGAUGCAACAUUGCGGCGACAAGCCCGCCGACAAGCUGCUCACGUUGCCGACGGUCCUGACGCUCGGCCGUGUCGCCGCCGUGCCCCUGUUCAUCAGCACAUUCUAUGUCGAUAGUUGGUGGGGGACAACUGCUACGACGAGCAUCUUUAUUACUGCUGCAAUCACAGACUGGCUUGAUGGGUAUCUUGCUAGGAAGAUGAGAUUAGGCUCUGUAUUUGGUGCAUUUUUAGAUCCUGUAGCUGACAAGCUUAUGGUAGCUGCCACAUUAGUCUUGCUAUGUACCAGGCCUUUGGAGGUUGACGUGUUCGAGCAAGUACCAUGGCUAAUGACUGUCCCUUCAAUAGCUAUAAUUGGUAGAGAGAUAACUAUGUCUGCAGUUAGAGAAUGGGCUGCCUCUCAGAAUAGUAAGCUUUUAGAGGCUGUCGCUGUAAAUAAUUUAGGGAAGUGGAAAACCGCUAUGCAGAUGACUGCACUAACCAUUUUAUUGGCUACUAGAGACAGCAGUCUUGGAGGAUCUGAUACUUUAGUAGCUUCCGGAGUUGUUUUGCUUUAUAUCUCGGCAGGGCUCGCGAUAUGGUCCUUGAUUGUGUAUAUGGGGAAGAUAUGGAAAGUAUUGGGCAGAUAAGCCUAUUUGCCCAUUAUAGUCGUGGUUUUCGGGCAUGAUAAUUUCUACGUGCAACUCGUUCAGGGCGACAUUGAACCAGCAUGACAUGCUUAUCUUGGAUAUAGAGCCAAUCUUGAGCACCUUGCUCAAGGCAACAGAUACUUGUGGAUAGUCCCUUGCUUCUGGAGUUAUUGAAGCUGAAGUUUUCAGCAUCUAGCGGUUUAUUAUUAUUUUUUGUACGGAGAUGAUAUUUACUUAGUGAUAUACAACUUCUGAGACACAAUUGGGAUGAAGAAUGACAUGCAGGUGUCAAGCAUCAGGCAUCCCGUCUGUAAUAGAUGAACUUGCAAUUUGAGAGUACUUUUAUUUGAUUUGUUAUGUGUGGAUCCAAUGUAGCUCCCAACAAGAUUAUUCAUUUAUCCAGAAAUUAUUUUUGUUGGAA